AUGCGAGAGAGCGAAGCGGUCACAGCCGAGCAGCACAGUCGCGAGUCCAUCCGCAUUGCUCGGACCACGCGCGAGUUAUUGAAGAAGUUUGCUGCAGCCUAUCGCAUGUUCUCGGACAUGGACGACCAUGCGCCUCGGACGACAUCCACGCAUAGUAUGUCUACCAUUGAGAGCAGCUUCACGGAUGAAGACAUCCAUGAGCACAUCGCGAUCACAAAGGAACUGUUCUUGCUCAUCAUCCAGGAUCAGUCGGUGCAAUUCUUGAUGGAUGAGUUAGAACUCCCGCACGACCGUGCGAACCUCUUCGAGAUCAUUGAUGCCGACGGCAGCGGCACGCUGCAUGUGACCGAAUUGGUGCAGGGCCUGCUGAAGAUCCGCGGCGAGGUGAAGAAGAGCGACGCGGUGGCUACGCUGCUGGCCACGAAAGCCAUUCAGAACAUGGUCCUGGAGACUCGACCCGAGUUCACGAGAGGGUGGUUUCGUGUGGUUUCUUUCGACCCGAAGGUCGCAUGA